AUGUCUGAAGAACCCGGCAAGCGGCUCGAGAAUCCGUCGCAAAGAACUUCCCUUGACGCAAACCCACCAGGGGACCAACACGUGGAGUUUGUGAAUGCGGAACCUGAACUCCUGUCAAGUGGUACCGGGAGGCUUUCGGCAGGACGGGGGGCCAUCCUGGCCAAUGCUGCCAGAGAGUUGCAGGAUGUCGCUGCUAAACAGCCAACUAGCCAUACGAGCAAUAGGCUCGAACCUCUACAUCUGGGGACGCGAAGAUCUCGACCAUAUGGAGAACCAGUCGUCCCGCCAUCGUGGACAGAGGGGCCUCAGGGCAAGAAGUAUCGUCGACAAAUGCCCGUUGGUGAGAUGGUAGUACCGACUCAGGCUGGCACAGGUGAAGGUUACAAUUAUAGUUCAUACCAGCGGCCGCCUUUAUUCACACAGGCCCCCAAGAACAAGGUCCAUCGGCCAAAGUCCCCAACUGAAGGACACAGUCGAUACUUAGCAGGAACAUUAAAGAUGCUAUCCAAGCAUAAUAACCCUCCCCAACAGGAAAAUGAUCCAAACAACGGAAUAGACACGCCGCCGACUGAGUACAUGGUCCAUGAACCGCCAUACACUCCGGAUGAUGGCGGAGUCACAAGUCAGGCUCGUGGGGGUGAUGUGGUAGUCUAUGAACAAUAUGACCCAGACAUUCAUCCUCACCCGCCCCCCGAUCCCCAGUUAUAUGGAUUUGGAGUACCGCAACAAGUGCCUCCAGGAGGAGCGUCCGACAGGCCAUCAAGACAAGGUGCGAAAGCUUUAGCGAGGGAAAGACCGAGACAGCUACGGCAAGGUCUAGCAGAGCCGCAAGUACUUACUGGGGUAUUAGGAGUGACACCGGAACCGAAGAGGCAGCUGCUACAAGAACCUCUCAAUGGAAAUAGACUUCUAGCGAUACAAGAGGCUCGAGCCCGCCCACCAAGGUGGACAGGAUGGGGCAACAUAAUAGGGCCACAUGUCGACGUAUACCCGGCUUUGAUCGAGCCGGUCGACGAGAUAAGAGAACAACAACGUCGGAUUGAAGGUGGGGAAGCUGGCUCACGGAGAAGUCGACCUAUUCAGGGACCACCUGCUCAAGGACCGCAUGUUCAAGGACCGCAUGUUCAAGGACCGCAUGUUCAGGGACCGCCUAUUCAGGGACCACCUAUUCAGGGACCACCUAUUCAGGGACCACCUAUUCAGGGACCACCUAUUCAGGGACCACCUAUUCAGGGACCACCUAUUCAGGGACCACCUAUUCAGGGACCACCUAUUCAGGGACCACCUAUUCAGGGACCACCUAUUCAGGGACCACCUAUUCAGGGACCACCUAUUCAGGGACCGCCUAUUCAAGGGCCACCUGUUCAGGGACCGCCAGUUCAGGGACCACCUGCUCAGGGACCACCUGCUCAGGGACCACCUGCUCAGGGACCAUCUGCUCAGGGACCGCCAGUUCAGGGACCAAUCAUUCCAAGAGUAAUUUCCAAGGUAAUUGACAGCACGCAAUACAUGCAUGAUCACUACGAUGAAUAUUACCCUCAAGAUAUACUUCACCGGAUGAGAAAUUGGGGCGGAGUGAGCCCAAGCAGUUUGCAUUCUGCUCUGGCUCCAGGUCAACUUGAGCAGAUACCUAGGGCUCCGCCUACGCUACCCAAGGCGGCGCCAGCCCAAGUGGAACCAGCGAAGAAGGGAAAAGCGAAAGCGACGAAGAGGAAGAGGGCUACAGAACCGGAGAAUUCGGAACCACCAGCACGCUCAGCAUCACCAAGACGCUCAGCGCGCACACCACGGCCACCAGCAUCAGCAGGAGCUGCAGCAGAGGAAGCAGCACCCAAACGAUCGGCAGUACCGAAACGCUCAGCAGCACCAAAAAGCUCAGCGGCACAAAAAAAAUCAGCAGCACCAAAAAGCUCAUCAGCACCAAAACGAUCGACACGCUCAGUACGAUCAUUAGCAUCGACGGGGCCUGCAGCAGGGGAAGCAGAACCAGCAUCGCCACCGCGGCGAAUGCAAACGCGGGCCAUGGCCAGGUCCCAGGGGAAAGAGGCUGCAAUAGCGACUAAGAAAGGUUGA